AUGGUUGGAAUUCUUCAUGACGAAAUGUUCUGCUUGAAUUUGCAAUGGCGAAGUGCUGGAAAGAGCAGUUUCAUCAACCACUGCAUAAAGCAUGAAGUUGUCGUCGGCGACGGACUCCAGGAGUUAACAACCAUGUGGGAACUGGUAGAGAAGGAUAUCGGUGACCGUCGAGAGAAAGAGCCGGAAGAAACUGAAGAGUUCUGGGAUUCUGCUCGCAACAUUCUGAGCAUGUUUGUUCCUGAAGAACCCGAAGUUCAACCAGAGAUGGUGACACUGGCAAUACAAAAGGAACUUGCUGAUGACAACAAGACGCUCGACCAGACCAGUGCGGGUCAGUUGCUAGAUGGAACAUGGGCAAAAGAGAAAGAAGCUCUCCAGCGCGAGCUCGAGGAAGUACGGGAUGCGGUAAAGUCGGCAAAUGAAGAAAGGGAUCAUAUGAUGGCAAAGCUGUUGCAGGAACAGCAAGACGAGAUGAAUGCCAUCGUGGAGAAAAUGAGAGAGGAGCAAGAUAAGCUGAGAGUCAUAAUCAAGGACCUGGAGGACAAAGCAAGACUUCAGGAUGAAGAUCGUGAGAAGCGUCAAGUUGUCACGGUACAUCAAAAGGAAAAGCUUGAAGAGCAAGAGACUACUCUCUUGUUAUUGCAGAAGCAGCUCAGCGAAACCGACUUGUCAGUAUGCCCACUCAGUAUUUCCGAAACUACUCCCGAGCCAACUGGAUUAACAGGUAUCACUUCGUACAACGGUGACACUGUUGACCAUCUUGUGCGUAGCGAUGAUGAUUUGCAUCUCGUUGCUGAUUGUGGAAACCAAAUAUUCCGCUUCACGUUCAGCGUCUCUGACGACAAGUUCAUAUUGGAACAUCAAGAGGACUGGUCCACACUGGUUGAUCAGAGCAAACGGUCUCCAGUGAAAAGAAUCAUUGCUCUGUCAUCAGACAGCAAGUAUCUGAUAACUGCGACUGUUGGCAGCUGGUAUUACACAAUAUGGAUGUCCAAUACCGGUACCAAGAAGCCAAUUACCUUUUUGCGAAGCCGUGACAAUGGUUCGCUAUUUGAGAAAUCACCAAAUGAGAUUACAUGUAUCGAAUUCGGCACUGGUGGUAAUUUUGCUGUGGCAUUCGGUGGGGGUCGGGUCUGUUUCUACGAGAUAAUAGAUUCUGCGGGAUCAAUCGAAUAUUGUGGUCAGUUUGAAUCAUCGGGCGAGGUACUCUCACUUGCUUGUAUUUCUGGCAUGCGGACGUUGGUGGGCACCGACAAAGGACUCUUCAUCGGUACAUCCGCAGGCACUGUCGACCGCAUGGGUAGUCAGAUACUUGAAAUGGAUCACGAAUGCGGGUUUGGACCAAUAGAUGAUACUACAGGAGUCUACUGGAGAGCUGGUGGCCAAAUUCAAGAUUGCGAAGUCCAGGGGGAUCAGAUUAUACCGACCAUGACAGUUCGCCCUGCGGUCAGUAGUAACGUUACUACGGAUGUUCUCUUAGCGUGCACCAUGGAGAUAGAGCGGUUGGCGGUGCUCGCAAAGGAUGGACCUCCUGCUUAUGCGGGGCCGCCCUUAAAACACCAUCAUACAUUCCAUUAUAUCAAUAUGAAGUUUACCAGUUUCCUCCUCUCGAUUCUUCCUCUGGCCUCUGCUGCCAAGAGCAAGAACAAGCCUCGAACAGACUACAUCCCUCAGCCGGCAACCUCAGAGGAAUGCUGCCCCUUCACCUACAAGGCAACAUGCACCAAGAAUCUCGAGCGCAUGUACCACAUCCAGCUCUUCUAUAACCAUAAGAAGGAUAUCACACCCGAGCAAUUUAGUGCAUACUGGGCAAACAACCACACCAAGACAGCCGGAGACUUUCAUCUCCGUCAGGGUGUUUACAGGUACUCUCAGUAUCACUCGACUCCCCAGUAUCGGGACCUGGUCCGGGUUCCGGGCGCUGCUCCUGUACUCGAGUUUGACGGCGCUGCGCAAUUUUGGGUUCCGAAUAUGGAGACCUUUGCAGCUAUGGGAGCUGAUGCGUUUUACAGAGACGUUAUUCAGGCUGACGAACUUAACUUUAUUGAUAUGGAGUCUAUGAGACUUAUUGUUGGUGUGGACUAUAUCGUUGUCGAUAACCAGAACGCUGUUACUGAACAUGGUCGAUCAUUUUAGUAUGGCCGCUCACCGUAUAGAUCUAGAUUCUCUGCUGAGCAAUAUCACACAUGGACGAUAGAAUCAUAGCGAUCAUGUAAUCUAUAAUUAGUUGAUAAUAUUUAGAUUAUUACC